CCCUGGUGAUGGGAGGGGUGUAGAAAAAUACAAAGUUUGUUCCCUGUCUCCUUCUGACAGAUGACAGAGCCUCCUACGAACAAGAUACAACAAUGACUGAUCCAAACACAUCUUCUUUCAUGCUGCUUGACUUUGGCCCCAUUUAUGAAGAACUCAACUUUACUUAUAAUGACUCAGAGUUCAUCUUCAACCCUGAAACACAGCCCUGCAACUCCUUCAACCCCCCGGAUGCAGUGAUGGUUGCGGUCAGUGUAUUUUACAUGCUCAUCUUUCUGCUGGCGAUUCCUGGAAAUCUGGUAGUGGGGCUGGUGAUUAGCCUUGGCAAUCAAUCACUGCCUCCCUCUGACCUCUAUCUCCUCCACCUGGCAAUUGCUGACGUCCUGCUGGCCAUUACUCUCCCAUUCUGGGCUGUCUCUGUUACGUGGGGCUGGGUGUUUGGAGAUGCUGUGUGCAAAAUGGUCACCAUCCUCCAAGAGCUAAGCUUCUACUCUAGCAUCCUCUUCCUGACUUGCAUCAGCAUGGACCGUUACAUGGUGAUUGUGCGAGCUGUGAAUUCACGCAGGGCUAACCGACGGCUGGUCAGCUGGGGAGUUUGUGCUGCUGUCUGGAUUGUUGGAGCGUUUCUGUCUAUGCCAGGGCUGCUCAGCUCCUCUUUUGUGUCUCAAAUGUCCAAUCACACAGUGUGUUCUGAGCUGUAUGAUCCCAGCAGUGCUGAUGAGUGGCGGCUGGCCACCAGAAUUCUUCGCCACGCUUUGGGUUUUGUUGUCCCCUUGGCCAUCAUGCUGCCCUGUUAUGGAAUAACCAUCAAGCGCCUCCUUCACAUCCGCGGAGGGUUUCAGCGGCAGCGUGCCAUGAGGGUGAUUGUGGUCGUGGUGGUUGCCUUUCUGCUUUGUUGGAUGCCGUACCACAUUGUAGUGAUGACGGAUUCAUUCUUUAGGACAAAGGUAGUGCCCUACAAGUGUCCGGCAAGGAUAGCAGUGGAUAAGGCCAUGUUUGCCACCCAGAGUCUCGGUCUGCUUCACAGUUGUGUCAACCCAGUGCUGUACGCCUUUGUGGGAGAGAAGUUCAGGAAGAGGCUGCCGCAGAUAAUGAGGAAGAUAGGUGUCCUAGAGAGAUCAUCACUGUCGAGAACCAGCAGGUCUUCAGUGACAUCAGAAAUCACUUCCACAUUCAUGUGAGAACAGAAAAGGGACAAAGGGACACUUUAUAACAUCGGUGUGUUUACUGCAGGAUCUCAAAUGCUGGAAAACAAAGUGCAAGCUCACAUUUAAUGGACUUUAAAAAUAAUCUAUUAAAAUAAUACAAAAAUUUCCUUGAGUUGGCUUAAACAUGAUUUGUAAAUAUUUUUUUUUGGCACUUUACUAUAUUUUUUCUUUGAUAUUUAACUCUGUGUACAUACCAGGGAAAUGUUGCUAAUGUUAAAAUUAAGCUGUGUGUUUUUUUUUUUUUUUUUAAUUUCUUAUUGUUUGUGUGUUUUCUGUUCCCUCAGUCAUGUUUACCACUGGGGAAACAGGAAAUCACAAGCUUCAGGUUCAAGUGUGACUAUAUUUCAACACCAUAAUACUAUGUCACAACACAGAGCCAACACUGCUCACAAUAAACAUCUUGAGAAUCAACUGCACCUGAAGCAUAAAGCUAUCUUGUAAAGUGUUGUAUAAUUUUUAAAAGUUAAGUUUUAAUAGUCAUGUAUUGAUUUCUUUUUAAAGUAUUAGUUUUGUGUGUUAGAUGAAGGCAUCAGGUUGUAAUUCACAUGGCACAUAAUAUGCAUUUUCUUUAUACUCUAAUUCCUCAUUAAAGUUUUAUAUAAACGUG